ACGAUCACAACUGACAGGGAAAUAUUAACACAAAUGAUUCGCGUACAGCCAUGGAGACGGUCAGCGUGUUUGGAUUAUUGGUGUUACUGGCGAAUUCCUGUCUUUGUUCCAUCAUUUGUGACAAAGUGAAUGUGGAAGAAAUAGAAGGGGACGUUAUUAGCGUUUGUUACAAUCAGGGGAGUAAAGAGAUCAAGUGUCCCAGAAAUGAAUCAGUGUUGGUCAAACGCUUCAUGCAAAGAGCUCAUGUACGUAAGGACGGUGACGACAGGAAUGCAGACUACAGAUCCUGUGUAGAAAAAUUCAAUGAUGAAUAUUAUGACGUUGGGGGAUGUUUGCUAAACGCAUCGGAUGUGCAUCAGAAGAGGGCUUAUCAGGCAGCGAUCAUGGAGGUUCUGGAGGAGUGUAGUCAGAAGAGGUACUGUAUCCUGGAGAGUGACACGAGUUCCUCUAUCCAUGGCUUGAAGGACCUCCCAGUAGGAGAGAGAAAGAAACGCCCGUCACAUCUGGUGGUAAUGCAUCGGUGUGUCAAAGUUGCGAGUGUCUUGUUGUGUGACAGCAAGACCAAAACAGGCAAGGAGGUCUACAUCAGCAGCAACCGACUGAAGAUGUCAUCUCUGGAAACAAGCACCUGCAACUGUACAGUCAGUGGAGCUGUGAGCCGCGUCACCCUGCUGGACGUCAGACUGGGCAACAGCCACGUGACCACACUGUCCAUCAGGGACAAGACACGUACAGUGUACCAAAUCCAGGGUGGCGACCUGGCAAUCCACUUCAUGGAGGAGAUUACCAUCAGCCAAUCAGAGUGGAGUUUACAGGUGGAUGUUAUCCGAGACUAUCUCCCUGACAAGAUAUGGAUGAGACUGGAAGGACACGACGGCUCUGACGUUACAGUGGUUAAUAUCUACAUGUUUUACGAGUACGUCAUGAACGCAUCUCAGAGGGAGGGGGCGGGGGGGGAGGCUGGGAUGGGCAUAGAUUAA